GAUUGAGUAGUGAUAGGACAAUACCAAGCGAAGAAAAAAAGGAUUCUCCUAGUAGCAGUGAAAGGUUUAAUUAUAAUUUUGAAGAGGUCAAAGGUGAUAGUUGUGAGCAUAAUUUGGAAUUGCAAACACAUAGUUGGGAAUUGGGAUAUACAAACAAAAGAAUAUUAAAAACUUUAUUAUUACAUGUUAAAAAUUCUAGUUGUAAAGCUAAAGAGGACAAAAGAUCAAUUUAUAAUUUUUUUAAAUCUGAAAUAGUUGCAAGUUCAGAUAAUGAAGAAGACAAGUAG